AAUCCGGUCUACUAUUCACAUGGGUAGCCACCAAUCAGCCGUCUAAUUACCUCGUACAUCUGUGAGAUAUGUGGGAUCACAUGUGGCUGGCACGUAAAUAGUUGAACGGCAGAGCGCUCCGUCUCGAGUACGGGAGAUCCGAAUUCCGGGCUCAGCAGCCCAGUGGCCAGAGAUAUUACUGUCACCUCAGGUUCAGGCAUAGGCAGCCAGCCUCUCCAUCCCUAUUAACCUAGUUUCUUCUUCUUCACGGCCAUUUAUUAGCCUACGGUUCAGUUGUCUCUACCCACUUUACAGGAUUCUUGUACGAGCACCAACAGUGUGAUUCUCGUACCAGAGAGAUAACCCAGGUUACCAGUUGAGCAGGGUUGAAACCUUUUCUUUAAAAUCCAUCGAGCCUCAAGCCCUCAAGCCUUCUGCCAUGCUAGCAAGUCGCUGAGAUUCUGAUGAUGGUGGGGCUCAACUCAAACAACAACCCCUUGCCUUUCUUUUCCCUACACGCGAUUCAUAGGAUACAUCUCUACAAGUACAACGACUGCUCUGUCUCAGUCUAAUAGAUUUUGACUCAAAUCGUCAGCGUCGAGUCGUCGGCUACUCUCGCUUGAAUAGAAGAGUCCAGAUCAGUGAUCACCCCGAAGUUCUACUACAACUAUAAACAUCUCUCACAAGCCGGUGAAUGUCACAAUGGAUCUCGGGUGGUCGUCCGUGCGGAUUUCCUCACUUGAUCGCCAAAUCGCUGAUUCCGAUGGCAUGCUGGAUGAGUUCGAGGAGAAGAUCCUCUCUUGGGUAGAACUCAUGGCCAGUCUCAAGUACCAAAGAGACGAGUUGCUGAAACAGCGGGACGACCUGCGGAUUGAGUUGCAGAGAGAGCGAGAGUUGCGAGAUGGAUUGCAGAAAGAGCGUGAUGAGUUGAAGAACGAGCGCGAUGGGUUGCAGAGAGAGCGUGAGCAACUGCUGUCUGAGCGUGAAAGGGCAUUAACUAGGGCAGAUGAGAUACGGACAAUGUGCCAAGAGGCGGUCGGGAGUUCACAGGUGCCCCAGUUCUUCUCCAAGAUUACUUCCACGGAAAUUGAGAGAGCAACCCUCAACUUGGACCCAUCGAAGAAGAUCAGUGAAGGGGGAAACGGGAGGAGCGUCUACAGAGGCCAACUUCGAAAUACCCAGGUCGCUAUUAAGAUGUUUGGCUCGGAUACCUUGCAGGACCGCAACGAAUUUCAAAGGGAGGUGGAUGUCCUGAGCAAGGUGAGGCAUCCAAAUAUUGUCUCACUUAUUGGAGUCUGUCCAGAAGAUUACUUUCUUGUCUACGAGUAUCUUCCUAAUGGAAGCCUUGAAGAUCGACUGAACUGUAGGAACAACACUCCUCCUCUUCCAUGGCAAGUCCGAACCCGCAUUGCUGCCGACAUAUGCUCAGCUCUCAUCUUCCUCCACUCUAACAACCCUAACAGGAUUGUCCAUGGCGGUCUCAAGCCAGAUAAUAUCCUUAUGGAUGAAAACUUUGUCAGCAAACUACGUGGUUUCAGCAAUUCUUGCUUAAUUCCCUACAAUGGAAGGUCAGCCAGAACCUCCACACCAUGCCGUAGAAUUGACCCUAUCAUCCGUGACUACAUCGACCCCGAGUUCCUAGCAACUGAAGAGUUAACACCAGCAUCAGAUGUCUACUCAUUUGGAAUCAUACUAUUAUUGCUUUUGACAGGAGGACCAGCCCUGGGUAUAGUGCAGAUGGUCAAGUCUGCAUUAGAUACUGAUACCUUUCAUGAAAUAUUGGAUGAAUCCGCAGGGAAAUGGCCCCUUCUACAGGCAAAGCAGUUGGCUCACUGGGCACUGAGGUGUUGUGAACAGAUGCGGCAGAGGCGACCAGACCUUGGGUCAGAUGUGUCGAUUGUACUUGAACGGCUGAAGUUUUCAUGUGGAGCCUCAUCAUCAAAUCAUCAAAGAUCCGAGGCACAUGGCGAGAUUCCAUUGCAUUUCAUUUGCCCCAUUUUUCAGGAAAUCAUGCAGGACCCACAUGUGGCAGCAGAUGGUCACACUUAUGAACGUGAGGCAUUGAAAAGAUGGCUAGACACUGGUCAUGAUACUUCACCGAUGACAAACCUUCGGCUCCAACACCGCAAUCUUAUCCCCAACUACGCCUUACGUGCUGCUAUUCAGGAGUGGCUACAGCAGUCAUGAAACUUUACAUGUAUGCGAUCUUUAAUUUCAUCUUUCUAAGAUGAUUUUCCCAUUUUGUUGUAUGUGUAAAGCAUAUUACAAAAGAUGUACUAAAAGACUUUCAGGUAUACAGAAGAGAAGGUUUUAUUCAAUACUUUGGCAGUACCA